AUGGAGGAGUCCGCCAAGGACGUCGCACCAAAACGACCAACAAUCUUCCUGUCAAACAGGCUCCUCAGCGCGGCUGCGUAUGUACGACAGGGGAACCUAGUACCCAUCGACUGCACUACCGCAGACGACGUGGAGUCCUUUUACUGGGUCAUCCUCUACGCCGUGUACAGGCACGGCCUUGAGACUCUGAAGGCCCGCAAGUCUGACAAGGCUCGCAGCCGGCUUGAUGAUGAGUUCUCCAAGAUCUUCUGGGCGCGGGACGUCGGAACACUGGUCGACCAACGGGUGGUGGCAUUCAAUCUCAAUCCUAUGGGACGCAGCAACUACGAUGGGAUCCACGUGUUGCUCGACCAUCUCAACGACGAAGACCCACAGCCCGCAUUGAGGACGCUCGUCGCGGGAAUAUGGCAGAAACUCCGCCUGUGCCCGUUCAAAGAGGAACCGCUACGCAACACAUACGCCGACCUGGAUAAGGAAGUAGUAGAAGUUAACCACGGUUUCAACAAUAGGCGCAAGGCGCUUGGGCGCGCUGUGCUUCCCAUCCAAGGUACGGUUCCCGGCAACGCGGGUUGGUAUACCGACGACCACGAUUUCCUCAUAUAUGUUCUCGAGAACAUGAUCGACGAGCUGGAGGCGGAGAGCGCGUCAUGA